GUAUGACUAGCAGCAGGCUAUAAGUAUAUAGCUCUGCUACAGCGCUGUGCUCUGGUUCUAUAGGCUCAGAGUGGCUUGUUUGAAGGCAUAAGACAUUAGGGCGAAGAAUCAUGGGACAGCGCCUACUAACCACACAGACGUGUGUGGAUUGCGAUGAAUACUACGUUAGAAGCGCUCCUGCCACUCAUUUGCAGCAUUUGUAAAAUAUAGAUUUUAGGACUUCGAUCAUCUCAAUAAAAGCUGAAAUGAAUGAAUAAACCUGUUUUGGAUGUAUGGACGACGCCGUGUAGACGCUUGGAGCGCUUAUUUAAUAUUUGCGCGGUGGUCUUGUUUGAGUUGAACUCCGUGCGUCCGUCGCGCUGUGCUCAAGUGCUGCUUCCCCGCUGUUUGAAAACACUCCGCUGGAUCCAGGAGCCUCAACCAGGGGCACGCAGGAAAGGAUUUGGAUCUCUGGUCCGGGGUGAAACAAACGAGAGGAAUAUCGAUCGUCUAAUUCCUCUUAGAGCAGUGCGGUUGUGUUGUGGUGGACGUCUAUGUUGUAAUUUAUUUCAACACCACGGGAAAACUUGGUCCUCCUGCCCGUCCCUGAUUUCCAUUGUUUUUCCUCCCAAUGCAUAUCGCUUAUAUAGUCUGAAGUGCAAAUAAUAAGGAAUAGAAACUGCAAGCGACGCCUUUUUCAGCCCACGGUGGAUAUUUGCAACGGGAUUUGGAGCAAGCCCCGGUUUCUUUUCUUUUUUUAUGCGUUGGGGUGUAAUCGCUUGCAUUUGGGAACUGGCACACUAGCAAGGAGGGAGACUGGGACUGAUGCUGAGGAAGAGACACACAAGGGGCGACCAGAGCGGCUGAAUUAAACCCCAUCACAAGAUCCACACUCCGCCACGGAAACAUGAAGGAGAAGAAUUUGAUCGAGACCGCAAAAAUGCAAGGCAACAUGAUGGAGCUGGUUGGCAGUAACCCCCCCCAGAGGAACUGGAAGGGGAUCGCCAUCGCCCUGCUUGUCAUUCUGGUCAUCUGCUCUCUCAUCGUCACCUCCGUCAUUCUGCUGACACCAGGGGAGGACGACAGCCUGGCUCUCAAGGCCAAGCUGACGGUGGCAGACAUCUUUAAGAAGGACUUCAAGGUGUACGAGCCCAAUGCCAAGUGGAUCAGCAGCAAUGAACUCCUGUAUCGAACCCGAGAGGGCGACGUUGUCAAGUUCAACGUGGACACCCAAGAGAGGGUCGUCCUGGUCCACAACAAGAAGUUUGAGAUGUACAAGGCGAGCCGCUAUGCGGUGUCCCCCGACAUGAAGCACGUGCUGCUGGCCUACAACGUAGCCCCGGUAUACCAGUAUUCCUACACAGCCUUCUACAUCAUUUGCAGCCUGGAGACUCCGGAGACCUGGAAUCUCAACCCUCCAGAAGUGAGGAACGCCCAACUGCAGUACGCCGGCUGGGGACCCCACGGCCAGCAGCUGAUCUUCAUCUUUGAGAACAACAUCUACUACCGCUCCACGGUGGAGAGUCGCUCCAUCCGCCUGGUCUCCACUGGCAAGGAGGGCGUCAUCUUCAAUGGCCUCAGCGAUUGGCUGUAUGAAGAGGAGAUCUUCCAGUCCCACAUCGCCCACUGGUGGUCACCCGAUGGCGCCAGACUGGCUUACGCCACCAUUAACGACACGCUGGUGCCCAAGAUGGAGUUACCCAUGUUCACCGGGAUCCCGUAUCCCACAGGGAAGGAGUAUCACUACCCCAAGGCGGGGGAAGAGAACCCAGUCAUCACCCUGUACGUGGUGAACCUCCACGGGCCUCUUCACACCAUUGAAAUGAGGAGACCAGAAGACCCUAGAAUGGGGGAGUUCUACGUCACCAUGGUGAAGUGGGCCACCACCACCAAACUGGCCAUCAACUGGCUGAACCGGGCACAGAACAUCUCCGUCCUCACGCUGUGCGAGGCCACCACCGGGGUCUGCACCAAGAAACACGAGGACGAGAGUGAGGGCUGGCUCCAUAGACAGAACGAGAAGCCCCUGUUCUCCAAGGACGGGCUGAAGCUGUUCUUCACCAGGGCCAUCCCUCAGGGAGGGAGAGGGAAGUUCUUCCACGUCUCCAUGUCCAUAACCCAGGCCAACACCAGCACUGACACCUUGCAGUCCAUCACCUCAGGGGACUGGGACGUGACGCAAGUCCUGGCGUAUGAUGAGGACAACCAGCUGAUAUACUUUCUCAGCACAGAGGACGACCCCAAACGAAGACACCUGUACAGCGCAGACACCGUUGGAACCUUUAACCGUCGCUGUCUGUCAUGUGACUUCCUGGAUGGGUGUGGCUACGUGACGGGCUCCUUCAGCCUCAACAUGAGCUACUUCCUGCUCAAUUGCCAAGGUCCCGGCAUCCCGUUCGUGGCGGUCUACGACACACAAGACCGGCAGAAGGUGUACGACCUGGAGACCAACGAGAGCCUCCAGCGGACCCUGGACUCCAUGCAGAUGCCCCGGGUGGAGUACAAGGAGAUCAGCAUAGAGGACUACACACUGACUAUGCAGAUCAUUAAACCUGCCGGCUUCAUGGAAACAUCUCAUUACCCCCUGCUGCUAAUGGUCGACGGCACCCCCGGUGGCCAGAUGGUGUCGGAGCGCUUCGACAUGGACUGGCCCGCCGUGCUGGUGAGCAGCUUCGGCGCCAUCGUGGUGCGCUUCGACGGGCGGGGCAGCGGCUUCCAGGGGACCAACCUGCUGCACCGGGUCCAGAAGAAGCUGGGCCUGUUCGAGGAGCGGGACCAGCUGGAGGCGCUCAGAAUCAUCUCAAAAGAGCCUUUUGUUGACAAGUCGAGAAUCGGUGCAUUUGGAAAGGUGUACGGGGGCUACGUGACCAGCCUGUUGCUCAGUGCUGAAGAGUCUCCUGUCAAAUGUGGAGCCGUUCUCUCCCCUAUCACUGACUUUGAAUUAUACGCCUCUGCGUUCUCCGAGCGGUACCUCGGUCUGCCCAAGCCGGACCCCAGGGCGUACACGAACACAAAUCUGGGUCAUCGAGCUUCGCAGUUCAGCGACAAGCGGUUUCUCAUCGUCCACCCGACCGCCGACGAAAAAGUCCAUUUUCAGCAUACAGCCAAAUUCAUCGCCCAGCUUAUCAGUGAAAGGGCAAACUAUACGUUACAGAUUUACCCGGACGAGGGCCACUUCCUGCCCGGGGACGCCACGCGGCUGCACCUCAGCCAAUCCCUGGUCAACUUCUUCGAGGAGUGCUUCAGGCUACCGGACAAGCUGUUCGAGGAGACCUUGGAGGAGGAGGAGGAGAGCGAAGACGAGGGUUAGUUAGCCCUGCACCACACUCCUCCUCUUUGGACCCCCCGUCGACACCACCACGCACGACCCGCAGACCAACCUCCACAUCACGGCCACCAGUUGCAACAACCCCCCCCCCCCCCCCCCCCCCGAACCUCCAGCCCCUUCGUCCUGCUCUGCUCCUCCCUGUCACUUUGUCCCUCCUCAGACUGCCCGUUACAGCAGCAGACGGCCAAUCUCACCAACGUCCUCCCUCCGCCGUUCCCCUCGCUAUCCAUCUCUCUCUCUCUUUUAUAAUACUGCACAGACUCCAAGGAAGCAUCCCCCCCCCCCCCCAUCCAACAACGAAUCUCAACCCAUGUUGGAUUCUGCUGAAUACGUCGGUUACACUUAAGUUCCAGAUGAGUGAGCAUCUUUCGGCCCACUCUUGGUCUGAUUCACACAAUCGGGAAAAAGACCAUCGCAUCACCUCACUUGAGAGAGAGAGAGAGAGAGAGCUCAGUUUCCGCUCAGUCAGGACUUCGGUCUGAUGACUAAACUAAAGAAAUUAACUUUAAACUUUUAGAGCACAAACUUUGUCAAUAUGGAUCCUCUAUUUGAGCAAAGAUAAGGAAACUGCUUCACAUGGCCAGUGGUAGAGCUGGAAAACCUUGCUAUUUUUAAAGUUGUGAAGAACUUUGAUGUCGGACUGUGGUUAUGUCUCUUGUUCUUACGGUAUGUAAAUUAGCACAGUGACAAACAAAAAAACAACAACACUUGGCUUUUUUCCUUUUUGGUAUACCGAUGUUUCCGCUCCAUGUUCGUAUAACUGCGUAGUUUCGUUAUUGUAUUUCAGUGUUGACGGAUAUGGCAACUGUCAAAAAAAAAUUGGGGAGUAAAAAAAAACAAGACAAGAUCAGUCCAAAGCUUCAAUCUUGUUUCUGAGGUUGUUAUUUCACGAAUCAUUUCAUGGACGUUUUGAAUCGUUUUUACUUUCGUUUGUGGGUGAAAAAAAAAAACAUGAAUUUUUUUGCAGGUCACUGUGCCUUACUUUGGAAACAGUUUCCCUCCGAGAAACAUACAAA